AUGGUUGCCAGUAGCAAUUGGUUUCCUAUCUUGAUGAUGCUACUUGGCAGCAUCUUGUUCGCUAACGCUUCGUCCCCGCGUUGCGUCCCUGCUUCUUUCGUUUCAUCGACCAUUGCUUACGUUUCGGUCAAUGCUACGGCUACUCCAGUCUCGGUCUCUACGCCAACUUCUUCUACUGGCAGUCAUCCUGACAGACAUGAGGUCGCACCCUGGUGUCAGUUCGCGCAGGGUCAAUCCUACAAGGGCUAUGUCAUGCACUGUGGCCUAGACUUCUGUCUCGGUGAUCUCUCCAAUAAGCGGGUUAAAGAUUUCGACAAGUGUGUGGGCCUUUGCAAUGUCACUUCCGGCUGCUCGGCCAUGUCUUACCAGGCCGAAUCUGAUGAUGGCCUCAACGGAAUGUGCUGGUUGAAGGAUAACAUCGCCAGCUUUCAACGGGCAAACAGGUGGAUCCUAGGCAUGCACAGAGUCGACGUGCCGUACACUCUUCCCAGCUGGUUCCAUCCACCGGGCAGGGCCUCAUCUAUGGUUGCGCCUUCUUCUCCGGUCUGGACCCCAUCGGCGAGCAAUUCACCCAAGAGUGUGUCCGUCACGACUCACUCAUCUACGGUCACUUCGUUCUCCAAGCCUUCGCCUGCUGCUUCGUCGAAUGUCGCGCUUUCUUCUCCGGCCAGCAAGUUGUCUUCGACAACUCCAGUCGUCAAGACCUCGUCGUACAACAGUGUCUCAUCAGCCACGACCCGUUCGCCGUUGGUUACUUCGUCUAGUAAACCUUCGUUCACUGCCGACCAGGGCGCGUCAGGCGGUAGUACCUCGAUUGGCCCCCCGUUCUGGUUCAGCUCUGCGCACCCGUGCUAUCCCACUGACUGUUCGUUCCCAGUGACUAGGUCGUACCCCUCGCUGUCAAUUUCUUGGGUUCAGCAGUCGUCGAAAGUCGCGCCGUUGAGCAGUAAGGUCACGCUUACCAAGUCGGUUGUCACGACCAAGGUCUUCACUAGUAGCAAGGCCUCGGUUACCAAGUCGUUCUUCAAGACUAGUGCAUCUACGUCUACUCGGUACUCGAAGCCAUCUAGGACUGGAACUUCUGUUUAUGGGAGGCCUUCAUCAACAUCAUCUGCUUACUCGUCGCCUCCUGUGGUCUCUUCUGGAUAUGUUCCGCUCUCUUCUAGUCGUCUGACUAGCAGUGUCCACCGCCCUUCGAGCUCAAGCAAGGGUUACGUUGUGUCUUCGUCGGUGUUCUCGGUCUACUUGCAGCCGUCUACCAAGGCCUCAUCUCGGCUGUCUUCGCACUCUUCCGGUCGCUCGAGUAGCACGGCUACACGCUCCUCAAGCUCUAGUAAGGAUUAUGCUGUGUCUACAGUAUCACAGACCACCGUAACAACGAGGAUAUUGGUUUCUGGAACGACGACAUCUACAGUGUACAAGCCUGUCCCUACCUGGUCUUCAACGACUCCUGUCGUCUCAUCUGCUACGACGACGUCUACGGUCUACAAACCUGUGACCAGCAAGUCUUCAGUGACUUCCAUCAGGUCUUCUGGUAUUUUGAGUCAUUCGACGACGUUCACUUCGUACACUGUCGUCAUUCCCACACGGAGUUCCACUGUCAUGGCACCGAGCUCUGCUCAGAUCUGGACGACCCCUGUUCCCACACGGCCGUUCACUACCACAGUAUCGAGCUCUGCCUGGAUCAUGACAGUCCCUGUUCCUAUCAGGGAAUCUUCAGUGGUGUCUAUGAUCUCUGUGACAGAUCAUACUCCAAGUGCUGAGACGACGGCGACUUCCCUCACGGUCUCGAAGGCGUAUGUUACUGUCUCGUCGUCGCAAGGGUAUGGCUACACGGUCGUGACUUCCGCUACUGGUUCUAGGCUUGCUAGUUCAGGUCAUGUUGGUUCUUCUUCUGUGGCCAGCAGCCACUCUGCUGUUCCCUUCCCUUCGGCAAGUGGGAGCUUGACCCCCAUCACGAGCUCAAUGGUUCACGUUACUGCGUCCUCGUCUUGGAACACUGGUGCCCAUUCAUCUUCGGACAUAACUUCAUCACCAAUUCCUACCAGCUUCGUGACCCCCUCGAUCUCGGGCUCACACAUACCUAUCACGAAGUCGGUGACGGCGGUUGGCUCUUUUAAAGCCACUCCCAACCCAUCGAGCGAAAGCUCAGGUAGUUCACGUUUGAUCUUCAGCUCGUCUUUCGGGAUAACUGUCGUAUUCGCAUUCUUACUCCUCAUGCCCUUCGCGGUAUGGUGA